AUGGGACCAGAUCAAUUCCCAUCGCCAUUUAAAUUAAAACCAAUUUUUGAUUCAUCUAAGAAGCAGAAUAAUUUGGUAAAUGUAUCAAGAUCGGAAACGUCAACACCUACUCCAAUUUCAAAACCACCAUCCCAUCUGACGCCAACACAUUCAUUUUUAAAUCUUCAUCAUGAUUCUCAUAUAACAAUUAAUAAUGAUACUACAGGGUCAAUUUUGAAAUUUCAAACUCAGGAUGCAGAAAAUGUGAUUGAUUGGAUCGAUAGUUUAAAAUCAAGAUUUCAUGAUUUGAAAAACAGUCAGGAUCAAGAAUUGAAUGAAUUGAUUGAUAAGAAUGACGAAAUUAACAAAAUUGAAAAAUUAAAAGAGGAAUAUAAAUCAAUGCAUUUUGAUGAAGAUUUUGUGAAAUUAGGAAAAUUACUUCAUGAACAAAACCAAGAAGAUAUGAAUAAUUCUGACGACAUGGCAGAGGAACAGGAGGACGCAGAAGAGGAAGAACAGGAUAUUAUUAGUGAUGAUGAACUGAUCCAAAUUAUAUCAGAUGAAGAUGACAUAAUUGAGAUACAAGAUGAGGAAGAUGACCAUGAAGAGCAAGCAAGAAAUUCUCAACAAGAAUCACAAAUUCAACAAUUUGAUUACAGUCAAUUUCAAUCGAACCCAUAUUCUGCAUACGGAAAUGAUAAUAUCACUCAGUUACCACAAUAUCAACAAGAAAUUGAAUAUGACGACGAGCCAGAAGAUGAAGAUGAAGAUGAAGAAAACGAGGAAGAACAAAGUCACCAUGAUUUUGAUGAUGAGAAUGCUCAGCAACAGACCGUGUUUGAUUAUAAUCUUCACAAUCAACUUAAUAAUCAAUUGGGAUAUGGUAUCACCCAAGUACCUUCAUAUAAUGUCACAAAUGGCCGACCUCGAUUAAGUGAUACAUACAAUUACCGAAGUGAAUUGAAUAUUGAAGAAUCUGAUGACGUUGAAGAAGAUAAUGAAGAAGAUGAAGAGAACAAUUAUUUUGCACAACAAGGUAAUGAAGAAGAGCCUAUUGAACUUGAGUCAACAAGCGAGGAAGAGGAAGAGGAAGAGGAAGAGGAAGAGGAAGAGGAAGAGGAAGAGGAAGAGGAAGAGGAAGAGGAAGAGGAAGAGGAAGAGGAAGAGGGGGUCGAUGAGGAAGUAGAGGAAGAAUCAGAAGGUGAACCUGAUGCAGAAGAACUCGAAGAUGAAGAAUUAGAAGAUGAACAUGAUGAUGCAGAAGAACUCGAAGAUGAGCAUGAUGAUGCAGAAGAACUCGAAGAUGAAUCAGAUAAUGAACCAGAAGAUGAAGUACAACAGUCCAUUAACGAAUCCGCCAUUGAAGGAUAUGAAGCAGGUCUUGAUGACGAGGAAGAAGAUGAAGAAACCGAAGAAGCAAAUCAAGCAAAUGUCUAUUAUUCAAAUACAGAUUUAUUAAGUCUUGCUGCAUCUGCGAUUCUACAGAAUAACGUACACGAACAUAAAUUGAAACAUGCAGCAUCAGGGUAUAUGGCAGAUUCUGAAUUCACGGACAACAAAACAACCAAAGAAGAACCAGAUAACACUACUAAUGAUGAAGCUGAAUAUGCGAAAGUUGAAAAUGACGAUUUUGCAUCGGAAGAAAUUGCACCCGUCCCUGAUCCAUUCUAUGCUCAUGAAUUAAGUGAAGAAAAGAUGAUUGCCGACAAAGAAGUUGAUGAAUACAUUUCUGAAGGUUCACUAGCAGACGAAAGCCAAUUUGAAUCAAUGAAAGAUGAUGUGAAUAUGCUUCCUAGUGAUAUCAAAACAGAUAAUCCUAUUGAAGAACUGUCUUCAGAUGAAGAACCACCUUUGCCUAUCUUUAAAACUAUCGAGGAAGAAGACCCUGAAGUUGUUUUAGAGAAAUUGAAAGAAACAGAGAAGAAAUACCAUAUUAAACUCAAUGCUGUUGAAGAUUUGGAAAGAGAAAUUAAAUCUUCUUCCCGAGAUGUCACUAUAAUGAAUGCUGAUGGAGAUCAGAAUGUCAAUGGUCAAAAUGAUGAUCAAAUGGAUAUUGAUUCCAUGGAAGGACCAGAAGAAGUAGAAAGUGAUAGUAUUGAUGAAGUAAUAGAUCCUGAAUUACAAGCAGUUAUGCAAACACCAAUAGAUGACAUUGCAAAUUCACCAGAUAAUGAAAGUAGUUCAUUAGAAGAGGAAGAAGAGCUUACAAUCAUUGAACCACCACCGGUUAGGGAUUAUAUAUUACCAGUGGAUUCAAUUAAUGAAGAAGAAGAGGAUGUUGAAGAAGAGCCACCAAUUGACGCUGAAAGUAACGAUGAAUCAGAAAUUGUUGACAAAGUUGAAGAAAUUCCUAUAAAAACUGACGAACUCACAGCAAUUGAGUCACCAAAGGUCAAAGAUACUGAUGUAUUAACUGGACAUGCCUAUGAAGUAGUCGAUCUAGAACCUGAAGAAGAGUCUACUGCGAAAGUUAAUUUUAAAGAAUGCGAUAAUGAAUCUGAAAGCUCCAAUGAUGAACCGGGUCUUGUUAACGAAAUACCUGUUCCAGUAAUUGAACCUAUUUUCGAUGAAGACUCUUCUAGUGUUGAGUACCUGGAUGAGCUGCAUGAGGAAAACGAAAGCGUUGUAUCUGGAGAACACAAGGAAGCUAGUCAAAUUGUUGACGAUGAAUCACAAGAGCAGUACUUAGGAAUACAAGAAGAAGUACAUGCUUUGGAUGAUGUAAUCGAGGAAAAAGUACAAGAACCCGAGCAAGGCUUAGAGACUCAAAAAACCAGCCCCCCAUUUGAAAAUCAUGACAUGUUGCAAGGCUCUGGAGAUGCCUCGGAUAAUGAAGAAGCAUCCAUUAAAAAUGGAGAGAUUAUUGACAGUAUCAAAGCGGAUGAUAUUACUGUGCCAGAAAUUGAAACUAUUGUUGAAGAACAAGAUGGAGAGGAUGAUGAUAGGGAUGAAAGUACCGAUGUACAACAAGCUCAAGUUGAAGAAGUACUACCUGAUGUACCUGAGGUGGAUCCGAAGAAUACCAGCAGUAAUGUCGAGGAUCAGCAAGAGUUAGAAGAUGCCCUGUCUUAUGGUGUAUCUCAAGAUAACAUAAUUCCGGAAUCAUUUGAGGACCUUAUGGUCAGUAAUUAUGAAGAAAUCAGAAUUGAAUCUGAAAUUGAGAAUAGUCAACACUUUGUUUUACCCGUUGUUGAAAUCGGAGAACAUAAUGUGUAUGAUAUCGUUGAAAAUCUAGUUCAACAGUUAGAAGAUCAAGAAAGCGAUGAAGAAUCUAGUCGUGAAGAAGACUCAGAUGAGUCAAUUACUGCUCUGGUUGAAGUUAUUGAAUGUCCACAACUUGAAGAAAUUGACAGUGAAGACGAAGAGACCGGUGAUUCUAAUGAAAGUGAUUCUAAUGAAAGUGGUCCUAGUGGAACAACCGAGGAAGAUACAGGUAGCCAACAAAUUAACCAAGAGCAACAAGAUGAAGAAGAAAUUCCUAGUAUUAUUAUUGAAGAUGCUGAUGAAAAAGAGAAUCAGGAAGAGGAAGAUCAGAAUUUUAUUGGAGACGGAGAAGCAGGUGAGAUGCAAGAAUCAGCCGAAGAAAUCGAUGUGAAUGAUUCAAGAGAUGAACAAAAUAAAGAUGCAGAGCACAGAAACAAGGAAGUGGAUGAAAACGAGGAACCAAUUUCAAAAGAUGAAUCCGUUAAUAGUGUUGAUUUGCAGGUAGAAGGUGGAGAUAUUGAUCAUGAGGAAUUCAUAGGAGAACCAGAAUCUAUGGAUGUUGAUCCGCAACAGGAAGAAGCCAUUGAUAAUCUAGAACCAGUAGAAGCUUCCGACAAAAAACACUCCAUUGAGCAUGAAGAUGAGUCUCCUGUAAAAAGAUUUAAAAGUGCUAUUACUUCCUUUUUUUCAGGUUUUAAAGGGCCAAAAAAACAUGAUAUUACAGGUAUCACAAAUGAAGAUAAAGAUAUUGUUCAGGAAUUUUUAGAUGAUGUGAUGGUAGUGGAAGCGACCGAAGAAGAUAAUGAACCAAGUGAAACAGAGAACGACCUUGAUAUAGCAAAUGAAACUGAAGAUGAUAGUGUACAAAUCCACCUGGCUGACUCGACAGAUUCUAAUAAGCAAUUCCAAGAUUGUACUGAACCUAAAUUAGAUGAUCAAUUAGAUACUAGUAGUGAAAAUUCAAAUUCUGGUGACGUUGCUAAAAAUGAUGCCAACUUUGAGUCUCCCGAAGAAGUAGCACCUCGACAGAACGAAAAUCCUAGAGUUCUAUUCCUGAUACCGGAAUUUACACUCUUGAAGAGGCCAGCAAUAAAAAGACGCCAUAGAAGAAGAAGACAUAUCAGAUUGACACCAAAUUUUUUGAAUAGAGAAGAACUUGAACAAGCGUUAGAGUUUUCAAAAAUUGAAGCUGAAGACACGAUUAAUCAGCAAGAAAAUCACGAGACUGGUAGUGAUACUGAAGUCGGAGUCGAAAUUGCAACUGAAGAAUCUAAGGAAGAAAUGAAGGAGUCAGAAUAUCCCGAAAUGGAGCAGCCGUCUAACUUGGAAAGAAAAAGGUAA